UGCGUUUACAAUUCGGGCCCUUCGCACAAAACCGAAAAAUCAUGGCGAGUUCUAGCGACGAUGAAGAAGCGAAUAGUUCAGAACGAUUCGAAAAUCUGUGUCGUGAUCUUAACAUGGAUAAGGAGACGAGUCAAGAGGCAUGGACUUCGUACCAGAAAAUUAGCACGAAUUACACUCUAGAGGGGGACAGUCUCCACUGGCUGGCAUGUGCUUUGUACGUCGCCUGUCGUAAGAGUGUUGUUCCAACGGUCGACAGCACUGGAACUGUCGAAGGAAACUGCGUUUCUCUUACUCGAUUGUUGAGGGCAGCGAAAUUAAGCCUCAUUCAGUUCUUCAAUAAAAUGAAGAAAUGGUUGGACAUGUCGAAUGCUGCGGGAGACUUUCGAAAGAAAAUCGAAUUGCUUGAAAGGAACUUUCACGUCUCGACUGUGAUCUUCAAGAAAUACGAGCCAAUUUUUUUGGAAAUCUUUAAAGAUCCUAGGGAGGAAAACACAAAGACUCAACGAGGCCGAAAAUCUAGGAAACAACCCUGUUCAGUUGGUGAUGUGUUCGCUUUUUGCUGGACAUUAUAUAUUCAAGCGAAAGGUAAUUUUCCUGCAAUCAGUGAUGACCUAGUGAACUCCUACCAUCUGCUUUUAUGUUGCCUGGAUCUCCUUUUUUCAAAUGCACUGUAUGCAAAGAAUCGCCGAGAACUACUGAAUCCAAAGUUUGAAGGACUACCUCAAGAUUUUGGUAACAGAGACUUCAAAGUACCAGCUGAAGUGCCUUGUAUUGUUGAAAGCUUGUGCAACAGACAUCAAGGAAUAAUCUUGGAGGCAAAAGGAAUUAAAGAACAUCACUGGAAGCCCUUUAUAAAGCAACUAUUUGAAAAGAAGAUAUUGAAGGGUAAUGAAGAGAACCUGACAGGAAUUCUGGAUCAAGGCAAUUUUGAAUCAAAUGGUAAAUCUGUCAACAAAGAGUACGAAGAGUAUGUGUUGUCUGUUGGUGAUUUUGAUGAAAGGAUCUUCUUGGAUGAUGAAGCUCACAUUGAAAUAGGAACCCCAGCCAAGUCUUACACUUUUGCUGAAGUGGAUGAGCAACAAAGAAUGGGACUAAGAAGGAACUUACAGGAGCACUUUACAAGAACAAGAAGCUUAGCCCCUUCAACACCACUGACUGGAAGACGUUAUUUAAAGGAGAAAGACCCAAAGAUAACUCCUGUUUCAACAGCAACACAAUCAGUCAGUAGACUACAAGCUCUUUUGUCAGGUUUGAAGGCAGGACCAAGUGAUGGCCUUCUGAAAAUAUUCUCGGAAUGCAGCAGAAACCCUCAAGAAGCCAUUGAAAGUCGUGUCAGCACACUUGGGGAGACAUUCUUAAGAGAAUAUGUACAGCCAUCUCCUGAUAGACCUAAGUCUCCUUGCUCAACAAGAGAAUUUGCAACCAAGAGAUUAAAACUUGCUGAAAUUUUGUACUACAAGGUUCUUGAAAGUAUAACUCUGCUGGAAAAGAAAAGGUUACAAGGACACCUUGAUUUAACUGGUUUGCUGGAGCAAGAUAACUUUCAUUGUUCCUUGAUGGCCUGUUGUUUGGAAAUCAUAAUUUUCUCUUACAACUCUCAAAGGACUUUCCCUUGGGUGAUUGAAAUCUUUGAAAUCAGUCCUUUCUCAUUCUACAAAAUUAUUGAAGUUUUCAUCAAAGCUGAAGAUGGGCUGUCAAGAGAUGUCGUGAAGCAUCUUAAUCAUAUAGAGGAACAGAUUCUUGAAUGCCUUGCAUGGAGCCAUGAUUCACCUCUUUGGUAUUCGAUCCAACAAGCUGGCUCUGUUCCUUCAUGUGAAGAUGUAUCCCUGCCUUACCAAACAGAAUCUGUGCACACCACUCAAAACUUACUAGCUUCACCAAUUAUCCACCCUCGUGUUCAAAGGAUAUGUGGAGAAGAAGGAGCUGCAAGGAGAGUUUUACCAUCGCCAAGCUCACCUUCAGCCCAUGAUGUCUUUAGUUCGCCAGUCACCCCAAGCAGUGGUGCACGGCGUAAUCUCAUGGUCAACUUUGGCAGCUCUUCUCCUGCACAGACUGCCCAGCCAGUGACACUGUCACCCACAACACGCCAGACAACUGCAAGGAAUGCACCUACUUUUAUCAUUACCCCAGCUCCUGGAAAUAGUGGUGGUUUUUUAGUUAAUCAAGCCGUAGUGUUGCCGAACACUUCAACUACAGUACAAGUGACUUCUCCUCAGGCUGGAAGUGUAUUAACAACCAGCAGUACUACAGCAUCACCAACAUCCAGUCCAGUGAGACCAUCAUCGACACCAACCACGCCUAAGGGGAAGGUUGUAACUCCAACUAAACCCAAGAAGACUGGUUCCUUGGCAUUAUUUUUCAGAAAGGUUUAUCAUCUUUCCAGUGUUCGCCUGAGAGACUUGUGUACAAAGCUGGAUGUCCAUGAGGAGCUCCGUCUAAAGAUGUGGACAUGCUUUGAACAUACACUGAUGAAUGUGACAGAGCUGAUGAAGGACAGGCACAUUGAUCAGAUACUGAUGUGUUGUAUUUAUGUCAUGGGCAAGGUCACAAAUGCUGAUCUAUCAUUCCAAAACAUCAUGAAGUGUUACCGCACUCAGCCCCAAGCUGUCAGCCAUGUUUACAGAAGUGUGCUUCUCAGAGGAAGAAGAAGAGCUCCUCUUGGCAGUAGUGGCAGCGAUGGUGGAGCAAGAGGUAUUAAAAGUGAACCAGGUAGUAGUGGACCUGCCAGUCCAGUACAAGGUUCCAGUAGUGCAAGAGCAAGCCCAAUAAGGAGUGCAAGCACUGUACCUUCCACUCCCCCUCCAAACAGUGCUUCAAACUCUGGAUCCAGUAGUACAGAAAACAGUCCAAACAUUGACGGUGAAAGAGGAGAUCUCAUUGAGUUUUACAACAAGGUCUUCAUUAAAAGAGUAAAGAAUUUUGCCCUCAAGUUCUCUGCUGGAGACAGAGCAACGGAUUCUCCUCCCCUGUCUCCCCUACCAGUCAUGAAAAACCAAGCACACUCACCACGACGCAAAGUUUCAACCCGACAUCCAGUGUAUAUUUCACCUCACAAGAAUGGCAUUUCAAUGACGCCAACAACACGAAUGUUGUACUGUUUUAAAGAAAGUCCAGCCGAGAAGCUACGAGAUAUCAAUCAUAUGCUGAAGCAAGGUGGUGGGGAGACAAGUCGUAAGAGAGCUCUUUUGCAAGAUGAUCAGAGCAGUCAUCCACCUGCUAAACGAACAGCUUCAGAGGAGGUGUUACAACGAAAACUAACCAGUAUGCUUGAGGAACGGCAAGCAUCAGCCUCCAGAUAAUCAGGAAAUUGUAAAUGGUGGAUUGGUUAAUUUUGGUAUACUUUUGACCAAGUAAUACCAAAUUGCUGCAGUAGUUUACUAUCCUUUACAUUUUGUUUUGGGUUUGUUUGUUUUUAUCACCAUCAAUGGCAUUGGACACAUAAGUUCUUGUAGACCAUUUAAUUAUGAUAUUUUAACCCACUCACAAUUUUUUAAGUUCUUUGUGUCCAUUUUGCUUGUUAAACUUUGCAGCCAUUUAGUUCUGCAACAAUUCAGAAAAGGUUACUCUCUUAGUAAUGAUCUUUAUUAAAUUAUUAGUCAUUAAAUCUAUCCUAAGCUUUUUUCUUAAAUUAUAUCUGAAAAUAUGGUUUUAUGAAAUUUAUGUAAAUUAAACAACUGACUGGAAAAAAAAUUAUUUACUGCGUCUGCUUAUCUGAACCAUUAAUAAAAUUACUGCCUAUUAUUUUACCUCUCAGAUGAUGUGUAAAUGUGUUAUAAUCUCUUGUGAAGCAAGUUUCAUUAAGAGUGUUGUUGUAGGAACCUUUGAUCAAUCCUUUUUUGGAAAUCUUAAUUUUCAUUUUAAUAUGAAGUAUUAAACAUUUAUAGUUUUGUAUUAAGUUUAAUUAUGGUUCUUUUGUUGUAACUGUGUUAAUCAUAAUUGGUCAAAUGAUACACUCAACUUCUGGCAUUAGCUUAAAGAGAUGGCUUUAACAUAGUAAUUUAAGUUUACUUGACUCUAAAUUCAUUCACAGCUGGCACAUUUAGCAGUAUGAUUUUAAUGCUAAUUACAAAUGUUGAUAUAAUAAUUUUUUGUUUUUAGUCACCAAUAAGUAAAAAUAAUUGCCAAUAAAUAGGUCAACAGGAGAAUCCCAUUGUUCUCUGUGAUAAGAUUGGUGCAUUUUUCUCACUUGAUUUCAAAAUCAAUUUUCAUACAUACAACAAUAAAAUCACACUAAGUUAUACAAUUAUAAAAUUUGUAUAAUUUUUUUGUCUAAAAAGAAUUUUUUCCAAACGAAGACCUUCUGUUUCAUUCUUUUAACGUCAUUGAAGUUUUAUCCUAUUGAAAGACUGAAUUAAAUUGUAUUUGAUAAAUUUCACACAAAAAAGUUGCAAUUAAGCUUGUAUCAAACUGUUCUUCAGGAUUUAUAGCCUAAGGAGUUGGUAAAUAAAAACAUUGUUGAAGUAAUGUGUAUAUUGAGGAGGUAGCAACCCUUAAGCAACGUUUAGAAGUCACACCCUUGACCCUUAAACUUUCAGAGGUGAUGAUUUGUAACUUCUCACAUUUUAAACACAUUUUUCAGCAAAUAGCCUAGGAGAAUAGAUGAGCUUAUCAGCUAUAGGGUGUUAACUUGAUUUAAAAACUGUUUACUGUCUUCUAGCAUUCAAAUUUGGAAAUAACAUUGACUGCCUUCAAAAAAAACUAUGGUACAUUUAAAUCAAGAGGCUUAUUUCGUUUCCUUCCUUAACAAUGAUCUACAUUAACAUUUUCUAACAAAUAAUUAAAACUACAAAACACAAAAAAUUGUCAAUUAGAGAAAUCAAACCUUAUACCCACAAAAUUUUCAUGCCACGUGUUGAUGAAUUUGCAAAGAAACACAAGGCAGCUACCGAGGUGAAUUACAACUGAGACGUUUGGAGGUAAACACUUAACGUAUCAGUUUCUGUUCUCUGCCACUUGGGCCAGGGAAUGUUAAUCAGGUGGAAAAGGUUUAUCCCUCCACUUUCUUGUCCAUUUUUUUAGGCCAAAAAAGUAGAAUUAGGAUUAAUUUAACUUAUCUGAUAUAAAUGGAAGUAUUUAAAUUUUAGCAGACUUCAGCUGCAAAGCUUGUUUCCGUUUUAGGGAACUUUCAUUGUUUAGUAGCAGAACCUUUUAAGUUUUAGCUGUUCCAUAGUUAGAAUGCUUGGAAUCAUUUAUAAGAGUGACUGAUAUAAAAUUAACUUUGAAUAUACAUGUUACAAAAGAGGCUAGGAAAGCAAGUAAACCUGUUUAGUGUCUUGGGAAAAAAUAAGUUUGCAUGCUCUUAAGGAGGAACUGUCAUCAGUAUCAGAUUAGACUAUCUUUCUGUUGUUAAAGACUGAAAAUUUUUCAUAGAAUUAACAAACGGAAAGACAGAUGCAAUUUACUCUUGACUUGUGGUUCAAUUUACCUUUGGUUAGUUUCAGUUUCCUUUGUUUUGGUUAUGGAAAUGUAUGUUAAUGCUUUUGAAGGAGAGGAAAAUGAAACUUAAACCAGAAUAAAAUUGAACUUCAACAUGCAUAUUUUUUCAAAUUUAACAGAGUCAUAAUUUAAUGUUAAGUUUUUAUUGGCUGAUUGAGAAUUUAAUGGAUGCACUCAUGAUACUAAUGGUCUUGCAUGGUUAUCGUAGAAAGUGCUUUCCACUCGUUUAACAUUAGUCUAGUUUAACUUUCAUGGCAACAGUUUGGUUUUGUAUAGCUUGCAGCAGAUUAUUGUCGAUUAGGGUUUUGAACAAUCAUGCCUAUAUCUAUUACUUAGAUGAUAACUUGAUAUCAAGUAAACUCUUGAUGACAGUUUCUCCUUCAGCAUGUGAAUUUUUUUUUUCGUUUUGGUGUGGUAGGAGGUAUUUCGCUUUUCAGAAUUCAUUGUAUAACUCUUCAACUCCCAAGAAAGACCAUGACAGAAUUGAGGAGAAAGUAAGGGGAAUUACUUAUAGGAUCUUGGGAGUGAAGGGGCAGAGACCUGUAGUGUUUUGUUGCCCUAGCCUUAAGGAACAUGCCAAUUAGCAAUUAAAUUAGACUAACAAAGAACUUAUUAGGUAAUUUUAUUAGAAGAGAAGAGCAGUUCUUGUUCUCGCUGUUAUUACCUAAGUUCGUAAAAUGUUGAAUACUAUUUUAUGGCUAUUCUUUGGUGAAGUGACUUGUGGCUUUGCAUGUUGUGCUUUGCUCUGAUAUGUGUUAAGUAUAAAUAGUGUUUGCAAUAAUUUGCAGAAUUUCUUUAGCAACUUGUUCUCGCUUAGCAGAAAGCUUAUUGAUUGUUUCUCUGUUGCUGUAAUGAAACACCAUAGUGCCUUACUUUAAUUUUCACUUAUAUGUCAGUCAGCAGUUCGCUUAUCUUUUAGAUUAUCCUUUCUGAGCCAAGCUCAGUUCAGGUGUUAAAAGCUACUAAUAUGUACUUCCAUUAGUUGUAUCUAUUAAAAAAUAUAUCUGAUGUAGUGAGACUAUAUGCUCGGAUGAAAUGAUUUCAUGUUGA